AUGGAGUCCAGUCAGAAAAUGGUUGACUGCAACCAGCAGGAGAUGCCCCAAGGUUGGAGCAAAAAGACCCUCACCUUUACUACAAGGCACCAUCUGAGACGAGCAUUCUCGAUUAAUAUGAGAUACAACCUUCAGCGUCUGACAGCAAAGUGGGUAGCUUCGAUAGAGCCCGGACAUUGGUCAUCAACCCGGCCCCAAAGACGCACACAUAUGCGUGGAGGCUGCUAUCUUCUCCAACUGCCGACAGAAUUACUGCUAAACAUCACAUCCUAUUUAACGGUGGUUUCUCGGGCGUCUCUGGCCUUGACUUGCAGGCAAUUGUUCCUAUUAGACGAUGCCGGUUUAAACUCAGAAUGCUUGUCUUUCAGUCCAGACUUUGCCCCGUUAUUCAAACACUAUCGCAACGAGUACAACUUUGCAACUCCUCGAUGGGAGCUUAUCAGACUCCUAGAGAACACACGCUGGCUCGCUUGCUCCAGAUGCUUACAGCUGCAUAUGGCGGCUGCCUUUCCCCAGCGAGAACGGAAACAGCAGCCCGAAGACCGAGGCUGUAAUCUGGGGAGUUUGGCUGGUGUAGUCGACUUAUGCCCAUGCAUCAAGCUAACCUUUCGCGGAAAAAUGGACCUUGUUGAACUUCUGCGCGCGCGACAAAAGACUCUGACGGCUCUGGCGACACAACAUGGUGCCGGUACCCGGGAACCCUUCUGCUGGCACUCUUGCACCAUGAACUAUGGAUCGUCGAAAAUAAAGAUUCGGAUUUUACCCGACCUGGACGAAAAUGAUAUGCUGAAGGUCAGAGUGGAAUACCAGUUAGCGAUCAAAGCAGGGCAGCUGGGAAAGGAGGAAUCUAUGAUACCCCGUCUGGGAUGUGCACACAGGGCGGUCGAUCUGUGGCUCGCCAGCGUCUGUAACACAAACGACGACUUUGGCUGGACACCGUCGCAUGUAUCGACCUGCAAUCUAUGCAAUAGCACUUUGACAUGUCUCCGGAAAGGGCCCUUACGUGUGGGUGAAGGGUCAGGACAAGCAGUAUAUGACUUCUACAUCGAGAAAUGUCUCGGGUCUGGGAGCUUGUCCGUUCCAGACGACCAGUGGGCUAGCCAGAGGAGCCAUCCUGUCGGGGACCGGAGAGCUGUCGGUGAUUGCGACGAACGCUGCCCUUGGAGUCCCCACAAAUAUCACUUCCGGUCAUAG